AUGUCAAACUCCGAAAAACUUGCAUCUUACAAGUCUACAUACAUUAUGGACCCCCCACCAUAUGAGGAUCCAUUGGGGAAAAGAACACAUUCCCUCAAUAAUCCAUUGCCAGAAGUACCAUACUCCCUAGAGGAUCCAUUGCGGGAAGUAUCUCUUUUGGUGAAUAACCUUUAUGUCCUUUCAGACGCUUUCUGCCGACACCUCCGCUGUCAACGCUCUAGCUCUGAAGAUGAAAGACGUAUCAUCCGCGAUUGUUUAACGGCCUUCAGCACGCUGGAAAAUAAAUUGGUGGCAUCUGUCCCUGGAUACUAUCUCGAGAAUCCUCUUCACGAUUCGUUGCGCGAUCUGGUUGGCUAUAUUGUCUCUUUCUGUGACUUUGAACGACUGCAAGAAGCCUGGGAAGCCUGGGCCUAUGAAAAGGCUAAACUGUUAAGAGAUGCCUUAGAUGAUGAUCUUAGCGAUGAAGUUCAUUAUUUGCGGGAUGCCACUACUAAGCCUGAUUUGUGGGAGUCUUCUUGUCUUAGGAAGCUUGCUUUAGGCGAUAGCUUUGAAGAAAAAAGUCGUCUGCUGUUGGUGACUGGCGAAGCAGGAUGUGGCAAGACAAACCUGCUCUUACAUAUCGCCAAACUACUUCUGAAGAGAAGAUCAUACGCCCAUUCAGACCCUCAUAAAGUGGUUACGCAUUUUUCUGAGGAUAAGAACACAAUUCAAGAUUGCCUCUCAUCACUGCGGGAGCAACUCGAAGGGAACAAUGAUGCUGGGUUCCAGCUUUCGCCUGAUCCCAAAGGGAACAUCUCCUUCGACGAUGUAGGCAAAACAUUGGGCAAGUUUUCCGACGACAAUAAAAAUACAACAAUAUAUAUCAUAUUAGACGGGUUUGACAAGUACAGUGGGUACUUGUCCUACUUGCUCAAGCUGAUUUCCACGACUAUCAACUUAUCACCAAAGAUUCACUGGAUUGUUUCUAUCAGAUCAUUCAGAAAUUGCACAGCCAUCAAGGACAUUAGUUAUACACUAGCAGACGUUAGUGACAACGAGAAAUUGAAAGAUGCUGCAAAGAAGUUUGUUUCAAUGCAGGUUGAUACAUUUUUCAAAAAAACUGGCAUCCCAGAACCUUCCCGGGAAGAUCUUGAAAAAACCCUGAUGAAGAGAUCGAAAGGAAAUCUUCUCUGGAUCACUCUGGCGUGCAGCAUUAUAAAGAAAGACCCUAUAUAUGCCAUGCACAUAGCUGGGAACGUUGAAGAGAAAAUUGAAGCCUUAUACGUUCGCUUCAAUAACCUGCUGCAGGUACAGCUGCUGCUGACAGCAGAAGAAAAUAAACAUUUAGGGGAGAUUGUUACUAUACUGGCAGCCGCCUGCCGACCACUUGCGAUUUCCGAACUCCGACUUCUUGUCCAGCUGUCAGAUGCUGUUGACUUGGAAAUAUUGAUCAAGCGGCGAUUCUUGUUCUUGUUGGAAGUUCAAGAUGAUAUUGUGCGCUUCAGUCAUGAGUUAGCUAAGAAGUAUCUGAUGGAGAAACACGUUGGUCAGAUAAAGCCGGAAAUACAUGGAAAAAUUGCGCUUCGAUGCUUGGACUUUUUUGCUUCAAGCAGUUCUUCCGGCAACCUUUCUGACGAACUUCCAAUUCAUUACGCUGUUUCUCACUGGAUCAAACACUUUUUGAUAUCGCAGUCAAAAUCUGGAGAUCUUUAUGCAAGGCGCACAGGUCUCGGGGCACUAACGGACGUGUUGAGCCUUGGCUUCACUCAGUGGCUCGAUAUAAUAAAGCAGAUCCGCUACCCAGUGUCAGGAGUUAGCAGAGAUCUUCUACAGCUUAGGAAUUUCCUCACAGGAUGUGAAAGUAAACAAGUUGAGCAAGACAUUCCUCAUGAUUGCAUUAUCGCCGAUGUAAUGGACGCCGUGCGGUUCCUUCGUUUCAGUUACGACAUGGGCAACGUCAGCCUAAAGGAUAGUCUUUUAUUCUACCCAUAUGAAGACUUCAGAUUGAAGUUACUCAAGAAAAACUUUCCGCGGCUGUUGAAUAAGCCAGCGACGGAAUACAAGAUGAAAGACAUAGCUCUGAACCUCCAUCCUCAGUCCCAGGUCCUCACCUGCGCCUACUCCCCAGAUGGCCGUUUUCUCGCCUCAUAUUCGAAAUCCGACAAAACAAUAUCCGUAUGGGAUAUCCAUAAUGGUACAAAGACUGAUCAGCUCCAGACUCGGGCUCCUGAUGGCUUCAAUCGAUUCUACAUCGCCUUCUCAGUCUCGGGGGCGUUGGCGGCACUAACUUCUUUAAAUACUAUUGAUGUUUGGGACUUUCCCACUCGCAAACAUAUCAAGACGAUCCGCAAAAACCUUGACAGACAAUAUUACAGGUUUGGAGAUUUACAGGGUCUUACAUUUUCACCAGAUGGGAAGCAAUUAGCCACAACCAACGGUAAAUCUUUCUUGACCUGGGCUUUACCGUCUUUCGAAGAGCACAAAUAUCGAAUCAAUACACCAGACACAAUUAGUUGUGUAAAGUUUUUGGGAGAUGGAUUAAUUGCAUUUCCAUCCUCCAACAUUAUUACUCUCUGGCGUGAAGAGACGGCGGAGAAUGUUCAUAUACUUCGCGGGCACAAAGAGCAUAUUACUAGCCUGGAAUUCUUACCCAAACAUCAGUGGUUGGCAUCUGCAUCACAGAAUGAGAGUUUUAUACGAUUAUGGGACCCAAACUCGGGAUUGGAAUUAUAUACCCUGAAUAGUCAUAACCCUGGCAUUAGAUCCAUCUCUUUCUCAUUUGAUGAGACGAAGCUGGCAUCAGGGUACAAGGAUGCUAUCGAAAUCUGGGACUUUGAGAAUAUGGGCCCGGAUCCUCAGGGAUUAAAUAUGAGAAGAAUUGAGCACUUCGAAGACUCGAAACACGUUGAAUCAGUAGUAUUUUCACCAAAGGAUCUCAGUCUGGCGUCAGUAUUGACCGGCGGCCUGAUCCGGAUUUGGGAUACUUGCGCCUUUCGGCACGAAGUGAAAGGCUCUGUUACUCAAAUAGACAGGCAUACCUGUGCUAUUCAAUGCUUAAGGUUCUCACAUAACGGAGAGUUUUUUGCUACUGCAGAUCGCGAUGGAAAAAUAUGUAUUUGGGAUGGGAAAACAGGAGAUUAUAGGAUUUCCAUUGAGAGCAAGGGCUGUGAAUUACACUUGAUCUCGCCGGACGACCAGAGCCUAGUCACUUCUUCUGCCGAUGGUGUGAUGGCCAUUUGGAAUACAGGAAAUUGGCUUCUGAGACGAAAACUUAUCGGCCAUCGAGACAAGGUAUUAUGCGUCGAAUUCUCUCCGGAUGGGAGGCACAUGGCGUCAGCGUCACACGACGGAACUAUUGGAAUUUGGGAUCUAUUAAACGAGUAUGAUAUUGCAGAAACGAAACCGGCACAUCAGAUUCAGGCCGAGUUCGAGUGCUCGAACGGAUUCGACAGGAAAGGUGUCAUCCGAGCAUGCAUGGCGUUUUCACCAGACGGAACACAAUUAGCUUGCAGCGUGAGAGGUGGUGCUGCCGUUCAAAUCUGGAACGUGAAGCCAGAUGGUUCACUAGAUGCCUCUCAACACUCUCAACAACUGCAUUCUGCAAAGGAUGCUUUUAAUAACUGCCUCUCCCUUUCUGAGCGCAUCUUCUUCUCACAGGACGCCAAUUUCAUUAUUGCGUCUGGAGAUAGGCAUUUGAGUAUCUGGAGUAUAGAAUCCAAAAAAUUCCUAAUAUUGAUUAGAUAUGUGCCGAUGAUAUUUCAGUCUCUAAGAUGGGACGCAAGGAAACCGGAAUAUAUUUUUACAGAACUUGGACGCUUUUUCAUCGGCUAUGUGUUUGAAACGAAGGUUGCAACAUCGAAGUCGAUACGAUAUGAGGAUGGCUACUGGACGGACAAGGUGAACACGUCAUCGGGUCCGCAAUCAGAAUCAUGUACAUUAAAUGGGUGGGAACUUGAGAUUAGUUGGAAGGGUAAGCCAUUGGUCAAGUUUCCAUCCAGUUAUUUCCCGUCUCACUGGCACGGUAUACGGAUGCUUUGGAUUCGCGGGAAAAGAAUUGCAAUGGGAUAUAAGUCGGGCCAUGUGACGCUGUUGAACUUUGAGGGAGAUGAUACUGAGAUUUGA